AUGGCGUCAGCUCCCAGAUCAACAAGGCGGGUUUCGGCUUUCACCAAGAUAUUGGAUCUCGUGUGCUUUAAAAAGCCACGAGUGAUCGACGAGGACAUCUUCGUUCAGAGCACGCACUCUGAAGAGGGUGCCAAGGAGAAAAGGCUGAGGAAGCCUCUCUUCAAGAAAGGUCCGCGCAAUCCCGUCAAGGAGCAGGCAAAAGCCCAGAGGCUUAAAAUUGCCGACCUCAGGACUGUCAACCAGAAGCUGCACGAAGAUCUGGCAGACCUGGAGGUCUUUGCCACGGUCACUGCAGAAGACCGCCAAAUAUUGACCAAGGACCUGGCCUCUGCGCGCGCCAAAACAGAUGCGGUAGCUGCGGCCGCCGCCGCCGAUGCAAUGCUCCUGCGAAGCCAGCUGGCGGGCGAGAAGGCCCUCUCUGCAGACCUCCGGGAGCAGAUGAGCCAAGAGGCUGAUGUGUGCUGGCAUGCUGUGCAGGUGAGGCGGCUGAUGCAGGCAUUCACCCAGCAGCAGGAGGACUUCACUACACGUCUCACAGCGCUGCAGCAUGGGUUCUCUGCACGUCUCACCCGGCAGCAGCUGGAGUUCAGCGCGCACUGUGAGCUGCUGCAGCAGGCAGUAGAUGGAGCCCUGCAGGAAAAGGAAGCUCAGCUGAACGGAGCGCAGCAGCAGCUGCUGCAGGCCUUGCUGGAAGCAGAGGACGCCCGAGCACAGACUGUUCAGCUGGAGGCGCAAGUGUACGCUUACAUGCAUGCAGCGACCAAUGCGAUGUUGGAGGCUGAGUGUCUGAAGGAGCAUGCGGACAGCCUGCAGCAGCGGCUGAACGCCAGCCGAGCGGCCAUCCCUGUCAUCCCAGAGGAGCGGUGCACCUUUGUGAGAGGGCUUGGUAAGGGCGGCUGCGCGACAGUGGAUUUGCACCACCUCCAACUGGCAGUCAAGAAGCCCCUGAACGAGGAGGAAGCGAGGAACCUGCGCAGAGAGGCGCUGGUGCUGGCAGCCCUGGACCAUCCCAACAUCCCCCAGCCGGACUGCUGGGUCAAGCCAAGGAAUGGCGGCCACUUGGGUCUGGGCAUGCCCUACGCCGCCCUCGGCACGCUCGAGGAACUGCUCUGGACGAAGGAUGGGGAAAUGAAUCUGUCGCCGUCGCUGCUGGAAGAGCUCCAGGUAAUGGAACAGCUGGCGAGCGCGCUGCUGCACGCGCAAAGGCACGGCAUUGCCCACGGGGACGUCAAGACGGCCAACGUUGUCAUGGGCGCUGAUGGCCGCGUUCUGCUCAUCGACUGGGGCUUUGCCUCCAAGAACGAUGAGGACAGGACGAACUGGAAACCUGCAUGGCGGCAGCUGCCGGGAAGCUGCCGGAGCAGCUUCAAUAUGGCUGAACCUAAUAAAGCUGAGCUGGUGCGUAUGUGCAGGGGCACAAUCGGCUACGCGCGGCCGGCCGGCUUCUUCGACGUGCAGAAGACUGGCCCAGAGGACGACAUGUAUGGACUUCUGGCCGUCGGAUUGGAGAUGCGCAUGCUGCCUCAGCCGCUGCAGGCCGAGCUGAUGGACCGCCGCUUGCAGGCCGACAGCCGCCGCCACAUGAACGAGGCCAUCACAGCAAAGUGCCGGGAGGCCGCGCAUCUUGGCGUGCGCGAGGAUGACGCUUGGCACCGCCUGAUUGCCGGCCAGUUCCUCGGCUAUGGCGGCUUCACAGAGGACGAUUUCGAGGACCUGUUUGAGGACGAGGCGACCCCCCUGGAGUACAUGCAGCUGCUGAGGCGCGGCCUGUGCAAGGAGGCAGCGCGCGCCGAGGCUCCCAUGCCGACCAUGCCGGAGCUGCUCGCUGUUCUGAAGAGGGAGAUGGCACGCCUCUCCACGGCUGCCGCCGCCUGA